GCACUUGUCCAUCGAGCAAGACGACUCUUGGUUCAUAAAGUAGAUUUUUCUGCAGAAUUCAUUCAUUCAAAUAUUAAAGCUGUUUCUAUAUUAAGAGCUCCAUUUGGUGUAUCAAUUGUAAAACUUUGA